GCACUCGCGGCGGCGCCCACUGCGCACAAAACUGGAGCCUAGUUUUACAUUUUUCAUGGGAAAUGGUCAUUUGUGUUACGUCGAUCCUACUUAUCGCGGCGUUAGUUCUUGGAGCGACUUCAAGCGGGGAAAGAGCGUUUCGAGCUUGCAGAAACUACGCUCUAUCUAUGCUAGAAUGUCAUAAUGUCCUGCAUCCUACAGAGAGGAUCAGAGUCCCAAUCGACUUACUUCUAUACCCACACAUGGUGCUCAUUGGUUUCGGCCACCAUUCGACCAAACUAGCUUGGAAAUGCGGUGGAACUCUCAUCAGCGACAAAUGGGUGGUCACAGCCGCGCAUUGCAUAGAAGAUCCGAUAGAAGGUCCGGCUAGAAUAUUACGAAUCGGAACAGCGACGUUUGAAUUUGAUGAAGUAGAGGAGCUAGCGCAGGAGAGCCACAUUGGUGAAAUAAUAGCACAUCCAGGGUUUAAACCACCUUCAAAAUAUCAUGAUAUAGCGUUAAUGCGAGCUGUUCCACCAUUCAAUCUCAGCAGAGAUAUACGAAUAGCAUGCUUGCAACUAAAUGAUACGAUCCCUGAUAGAAAGUUGACAGCUAUAGGUUUUGGUACCACGAGGUCUGGCGCGACGAGCGGAAGCCAGACGCUUAUGGCGGUAGAUGUAGACGCUAUAGACGACACUAUUUGCAAUAAUUCUAUGAAGGUUCUGAUCAGACGGAAGAUUCUGUCUAGAGGGAUCACAGAAGAACAGUUAUGUGCUGGUGAUUACGAGAAUGGUGGUAAAGAUACAUGUCAGGGGGAUUCUGGAGGGCCUUUACAAUACAUGCAAGAUAGAGUAGAUUGUGUGACGACCUUUCCUUUACAUGUGUUGGUGGGUGUGACGUCAUUUGGGAGGGAUUGCGGGAGGCGGAUGGCGCCGGGUGUUUAUACUAGAGUGUCCAAGUAUAUUGACUGGAUUGAAGAUAUUGUGUGGCCUGUUUGAUAUGAAGUUAAUUGAAUUGUUUCGAAAAGAAAUGUGUUCUUAGUUUUUUGAUUAUAGGUUGGAGAGUUACGCAAAUAAUUGGAUUUUAUGGUGUGAUGUAGUGUUUUUGUGACGAGAAAUACUCUUCACGAUACUGUACGUAAUUACCUUAAUUAUAGGAAAUGUCAAUAACAUAUUUUUCUUUUUUAUAAAUUUUGAAAAAGACAUAAAUAUGAACUUUAAUUCAGAUAUUAACGCUACAGAAAUAUAACGAAGUUAUAAUAAUAAAUGUCAUCACGCUUUGAUAAGAACAAUGAAUAAGAAUAAAUGGCUUUGAUUUAUA